AAGAGAAAAAAAGUCUGGGCGGAUUCCAAAUCUCAUACUUAACCCUAUUUUAAUCUCUUCUCCUUCCCUUUCAGUUCUGUCUUUUGCUUUUGCUCCAUUUCCCAAAGACACACACUCUCUCUCUUAAACUCUCUAAACUGUGUGUGUGUGUGUGUGUUUUGUACUGAUCCGACAGUUACUAGAAGAAGAAGAUAAAACGGUAUGGGAAGAUCUCCAGCUUCUUCUUGUCUCCGUAUCAUCGCUUGCUCCGGUGGAGACGAUGCUACCGAACCUACGGCUAAUUCCCUAGAGAAUAAGAGCUCUGGUGACAAGCGAGGAUGGAGUUUCAGGAAGAAAUCUGGGAAGCAGCAAGGGGUGAUGAUUACUAGUGUUGCUGUAUCUGAGACUAGUCCUGUUUCUAGGACUAGAGAGACUCUUGAAUCUGCUCUUCUUAAGUCUCCUUCUCCUGACAAUAACAUUGUUUCUGAAAAGCAGACGUUCUCUGUUGAUGAUGAGAAGAAGAGCCAUUUACCUGUUACCUAUGUGUCUGAACCUGUGGAUGUGAACAAAGCAGCGGAGGUGCCUGUUCUUGUGGAAUCGAAAGGGACUGAAACUGAGGAGAAUGAUUUGAUUGGAACUGAGUUGAAAUCUAAGUUGGAAGAAGCAGAUGUUGCUGAUGCAGCUGUGAAAGAGAAGGACACUAUUCCUGUGGUUGAAAAGGUUGAAUCAGAUGAUGUGAUCAUUAUCAGAAAAGAAGUUGAUGAUUCUGUUGUUAUUAUCAUCCAAUCUGCUAUACGUGGAUUUUUGGCGAGAAGAGAACUGUUGAGGCGCAAGAAAGUUAUUAAGCUUCAAGCUGCUGUACGUGGCCACCUUGUUAGGAACCAGGCCAUGGGAUCACUGCGUUGUGUCCAAGCUAUUGUCAAAAUGCAGACGCUCGUCCGUGCUCGUCAUUCCGCCAAAGAUGGAAGCCGUGUUUCAGCAAUCUCGGAUAAGGCGGAAAUAAAUGCAGCAGCACAAAAACUUCUGGAGAACAAGUUUGCUAAACAUCUAAUGGAAUCAACUCCCAAGACGAAGCCUAUCAGCAUUAAGUGUGAUCCAACAAAACCUAGCUCUGCUUGGAGCUGGUUGGAGAGGUGGAUGCCUGUUUCAAAGCCUGAGAAGACUCCAAAAGCAAAUUUGGCAUCUGAAGAGCAACAGUUGGAUGAACCCAAUAAUGUCAAGGUAUCAUCUCAAGCUGACUUCGUGAGCUCUGACUCAACCUUAGAGACCGAAGCUGAUACUGGUUUCUCAAGUAAGGUGGAGCUAUCUGAGACAGACAAAAUGCGCCAAUAUGAUUCACCACAAGCAUCUGCAGAGGUUGAUCAUGACGUGAUCCAGUCUCAUCCACCUACUGCUAAGGAGACAGAUUCUUUGCUCAAAGAAGCUGAAUAUGCGGAUGAACAACCUACACAUUCUUUGAAGCGCAAGGCUAGCAAUCCUUCAUUCGUUGCAGCGAAAUCAAAGUUUGAAGAACUAACUUCAUCUGCUGGUUCAAACAAAGCAAUGACGCUUUCUUGUAAAGAAGGCAUAACGGAUAUAGAUUCAUCAGAGGUUGACACUGCAAAAACUACAAAGGAGCAGUCUCUGGAAGAGGUUGCUCCAGCGGAACACAGUGGAUCUGAAUGUGGCACCGAACUCUCUGUAACUUCUUCUCUUGAUUCACUUGACAAGAAGUCAAACGUUGAUGAGGGUGCAGAGUCCAAGGUUGAAGCUAAGCUUCUAGAAAACGGCACUCCCAAGACAGACCAAUCAGAGUUGAUAGAAAUUGACGUGAAGACUAAAACUCCAUCGGCUACUGUAGAGGACUCUAAGGAGAAAGUUGAGAAUGUUAAGGAUGAAGUUGAGGUUUCAGUGACACAGCAUGAAUCGGUUAUCACUACACCAGAUACCAAAAAGAGAAGGGCAGAAGAUGAAUCAGGUCCUCAAGAGGAAGCUGCAACUCCGAUGACAAUCACUGAAUCUCAGGCAACACCGGCGAGUCAAGCAUCUUCCUCAGUUAAAGCAAGGAAGGAAAAGUCCGGCAAGAGUGGUUCAACCCAAAAGAAGAAAGUUAGCAAGAAAAUAGAAUCAAGUCCCAAACAGGAAACUGAUACUACAGAACAGAAAAGUGGGAGAAGAAACUCUUUUGGUUAUGAUCAAGAAGCAAGAGAAAGCAGCGGAGGCAAGAACUCUGUUCCCCGGUUCAUGCAGCCAACACAGUCGGCGAAAGCUAAGGUUCAGGAACAUAACUCACCAAGAUCAAGCCCUGAUCUUCAGGAAAGAGAGGUUUCCAUCAAGAAGAGACAUUCAUUGCCUGUUACUGCCAAUGGGAAACUAGCAUCUUCUCCUAGAAUCCAAACGUCUCAAGCACAACCGGGAACAAAGGAUAGAAAAUGGCAGAGGUGA